GUACUGCUACUUUAUCACCUCUGAUUAAAUCCUAACCUAAACCACAUGCAAUAUGUUAUUCUAUAGACGUUUCCACUCUUGCGAGAAAUAGUAAUAUAAAAUAUGAAGUUAUUUUCGUUCAUUAUGCUAUUUAUUUUUAUUGUUGGAAGUGAGACCAAGAAAUUUACAAGAUGCAGGCUGGCUACCGAAUUAAUAAAAACGAAAUUGAUCGAAAAAACCUUUUUGGGUAAUUGGGUUUGUCUCAUAGAAAAAGUAAGCAACCGAGACACAGCAGCCUUCGUAGUGACACCUAGUGGCAAGAAAUAUUAUGGACUGUAUCAGAUACCGAGCAGAUGGUGCAGAGAGGGUAAAAAGGGAGGAGAAUGCAAUAUAGCAUGUGAAUCGCUUCUCGAUGACGACAUCAGAGACGACACAGCCUGCGCUGUCAAUAUAUUUCACGCAGAAGGGUUUAAGUAUUGGACCCAAUGGACUAACAGAUGCAAGAAUGAUAAUCACAUUACUACUGAAAUUUACAAAUGUCCAGAUCUUGUAUCACAAAGGAUGAGCCCAGAUCGCACGCUUCAGAGUGAAAAUUUGAGGGUUAAACGAAAACUUUCCAGGAUUGGAAUGGAACGUUCUAGAGCAUCAAGCUAUUACGGGCUCCGCUGGUUACAGUAAUAUUUGUUGUUUUUUUUUAACGUAUUCUCGUAAACUGUUUUUGGUGAUUGUAAUUUUUGAAUUUUUAUUAUUUGUACAACCAAGACUCAAGUCCCAGACCCUGGUCCUCCUCUUACUUUUUCCUAAUUUUUACGUUUAAUUUUAUUCAUAUUUUAUCUUGUAUUGAUAUUGCAAUGUUUAGUAAAUUAUGUAUAGUAAACUCUAAAAUUGAAAUGAAAAAUAAACAUUUUUCAAUUUAAAUCAUUUGCACGAACAAUGUUGACCGACUUAAACUAUUUUAAUUGAAAUAAUUUCCAAUCCAUUGAACAAAGGCUUUAUUUUAAAGCAACGGUAAUAUUUAACUUUUUAGGAUAAUCUAGUUAAUUUACGAAUACAAUGUUUUUAUUCACAA